CCCAUUGUAACUACUACACGAGAAAUAAAGUAAUGAAACUGUAUAAAUAAAUAAAUUAUAACAAAUAAAUAAAGUAAAAUGUAUCGUCCGUACUCUUUGGCUAAAUUACUCACAGUCUCAAACAUUCCAAAACCAAAAAAGCAAAUACCAAAAACACUAUUAUUUUUCUUUUACGCGCUAAACGUUCUAUUCGGUUACGAUUUCGGCUUUUUAAAGACAUUCCCUCGAAAACUUCAACCGUUAGCGAAAUUAAUUUCUUUAUCAAUCACACUCCUUUGCGUAUUCAUACUCGGAAUGCCGUUCAAGGAGUUCGUUGGUGACGUCUACGUUUACACAACGAACUUUUGUCAAUACAUCUCUUAUAUAACUGUUCUUACAUUUACAAAGUACACUUUAUACGAUUUCAUGCGCGACAUAUACGAUUUAGACGAAGACAUGCCGCGAAUUGACAAGGAACGUAUUGGAAUUGUAACCUGGUCAUAUUUCUUGGUCGUGUAUAUCUCGAAAUAUUGUUUAUAUAUUAUGUUCUGUUCAAUGUUCGACGCACACGCUUGUGACGCAGGUUUUAUCCCAUACUACAUAUUCUUUAUACCAUCUAUGGGCAUAGAUACGGUGUCAAUAAUAUUCAUUUUAAUAUAUUACUACAUUUACUGUAGCGUCAAGUACCUAAAUGAUGUUUUGAAGGAGGGCGCAAACAUACAAUUAUUGAAAAAGCGUUACAUGGCGAUUGCUGAUUGUUAUGAGAAUAUUAAGCCGCUUUACAACAAAUUGAUAGUUUUCGAACUACUGUGUGAUGUUCCCGAAAUUAUGGCUAUGAUGUGGCACGUACUAAGAAACAUCCAAGAGGAGCGCGGCUGGUUUACGUGUGUAGGGGAAUAUGUGUUCGCGUUUCAUACUAUGUCACACAUCAUAUAUUCAGCGAUUGCAGUUCAGAUGGUCGGGUCGCAGGUUGACGCCAUGGUGGUCAAACUUAACAAUAUACUUGUUAAUGAACAUGAUAUGAAGCAACAUGACGAGAUAUCUCGCCUGCUGCAGCUGAUGUCGGCGAGGCAUCUGCAGCACGACGUGCUGGGUGUAGUGCCCACUGACAUGAGACUACCUGUCGUUGUGGUAGAGCUCUGCGUCACCUACUUGAUUGUAAUCGUGCAGUUCACACAUCUAUACGACUAAUUCUAAUACUUAAAUGCUAUCGACAGAACUAUGGUCCGUACCACGAGAACCUACCUAUUAUUAAUAUGUUCAUGGAAAACAGAGAAGAAAAAGAAAUAAGAAGAGGAAAAACGAAAAGAAGAGAAGAAGAGAAGAAGAGAAGAAGAGAAGAAGAGAAGAAGAGAAGAAGAGAAGAAGAGAAGAAGAAAAGAACAACAAAGAGGAGUAGUGGGGGUGAGGAGAAGGGGGGAAGAAAAGGUUUUGUGUUUGGAGAAGUGUGUCAAGAUCAAAGCAAAACGAAAUUCCAUAGUCUCUGCUUACCCUGUGGGAAAUAGGCGUGAGUUUGUGCAUGAGUCAUAGAAAACUAAAUUAUUUAUUCCAUAUGGAAAUAUUAAUACUUUGUAGGUUAAAUGGAAAAGGUAAAUUAUUAAUGUACUUUUAUUUUUUAAUACUUGACUUUUACUCUUAACUAAGUAGUCGUUAUAUGAGGCAUGUCAGGGGCCUUUGGCGGCUCAAUAGUAACCCUGACACCAGGAUUGUUGAGGUUGGUACUCCACCUCACAACCCAUACGAUAGAAGAAGAAGCUGUUUGUGUUGUUUUUCUUUUUAAAAAAAAAAAUACAUCACAAUUAGCUGUCAUUUGUAAGUAGAGUAAUAAUUACUAUAUGUUUUUACUUAAACAAAAUAAAAUAUAAAAAACCACCUACGGAAUUCUGAAGUGAUCGUGUCAUAAAUCUACGACUUUGUGACACGGAAACAAAAAAUCGAUACUGGAACUAAUCAUAAUAAUUUAAUAGAGGUGACAAUUGUUUAUUACCGCCACUUUACUAUAAUUUCUUCAUGAUCCUUUUUUUAUUUCAGUAGUUGAGGACUUGUCGUUUAAAGCGCACGAGAAUUAAGCAAAUUAAAAUGUAUCAGCCGUACGCCUUAGCGAAAAUAUACACUCAUAUUCCGAAAUCAGAACUAAAACAGCAAAUACCAAAGACACUGUUAGCAUUCUUUUUCAUUCUAAAUGUUGUGUUUGGCUACGACUUCGGUUUCGUAAAAUUACUCCGCCAAAAACUUCAAAAAAUUGCCAAAUUCAUUUCUUUUGCUAUUACCCUACUUGUCAUUUUUAUACUCGCUUUGCCUUUGAAGGAUUUUGAUGUUGAUUUUGAUUAUUUCUGGAUUUUAUCAAACUUCGGUCAAUACGUGUGUUAUAUAAUUGCUAUUAAAAUAACAAAAUAUACUUUUUACGAUUUCGUACUUGACAUAUACGCUGUAGAUGAAAAUAUUACGCGAAUAAAUAAAGAACGUAUUGGAGUGAUAACGUGUGUUAAUUUUUUAGUUAUGUUUAUGUCAAAAUAUUUUAUGUAUUACAUUUACUGUACUCAGCACCCACAAAGUAAGUGUGAUGUAGAUUUUAUACCAUUCUAUAUAUUUUUUAUACCCUCUAUGGGCAUAGAUUCAGCAUCAACAAUACUUAUUUUAAUAUACUACUAUAUAUACUGUCGCGUCAAAUUUUUAAAUGAACUUUUGAAGCAGGGAGCAAACAUACAAAUAAUAAAAAAGCGUUACACGGCCAUUGCUGAGUGUUAUGAAAAUAUUAAACCAUUGUACAGUAGAUUGAUAGUUAUUGAAUUAUUCUUCGAGGUACCAAGAAUGAUGUGCUUGAUAUGGAGCGUGCUAAAGUUCAUCAGAGAUCAGGAUGAAGUGUUCUACGCUGUGGGCGACUACCUGUUCGCUUUCCAUAUAAUGUCCCACAUUACUUGUGCAGCGAUCGCCGUCCAGAUGGCGAGCUCAGAGGUCAAUGCCCUCAUGCUGAAUCUUCACAAAAUACUCUUUGAUG